AUGGCUGGGGUUCCUCCUCUACCUAUUACUGCCUUCACGGCUCUCACAGAUAUUGCCGAAGACGAGCAGUGUCAGGAGCUGGAGCAGUAUCUCACUGGUAAGGGGGCAGAGUUCAGCAGCGAACCAGACGGUGAACUGAGCGAGCGGUUCCUGCCCAUCAUCAAAAACUGUCACCUUGUCUUCCACAGCACCGAGCUCAACCAUCAAGAAAUCGAGGGGUUCUUUUACACAGUGGUGUCUCUCUUCCACGUGGUGUCUGCUGACAAUGCCCACCGCUACAUGAUGGAGUUUCUGGACCAACUGACCACUCGAGCCUCAAAAGAAAACGGAUCCUUCAUUCUCAGACUACUGGGUCUGACAUUCGACCAGUUUGAACCGACCAAUCAGCUCUGUCCCCUCAUUCUCACCAGGCGACUAGAGGUGGCCUGUAGGACUGGACUUCAGUCCUCAUUAUCUCUUGACCUCAACAAGUUGGAGAAAUUGGUGAGUGGGUGGAAGAUGUCGGAGCAGGAGAAGAAGGCCCUCUAUAGCGACCUAUGGAACACCUACCAGCACUCUGCCAGCAAGAGUGUCAGAUCAGGACUCCUAAUUCAACUCCUGAAAUGCUAUUCUGUCUCUGAAGCCAGUCAGGUUUUGGAGUUGUCUCGACAGCUGGUGGCUCUGUCCAUCGCAGACCCUCAUCUCUUCCUGAUGGACCACCUCCUCGAGAUUCCUCCUGUAGCCGCUCUCAGGGGAGAGAGAAUCUACCAGUUGCUGAUACUCUUUGUUCAAGAGAAGCUGUCUUCAUUUGUCCAGUUCUACAACUCCAACAAAGACUUUGUCGAUGGUGUCGGUCUCGACUACCAGCAGGCAGUGCACAAGAUGCGACUGCUGACGUUGGCAUCCCUGGCCUCCGAGACCUCCCAGGUCUCAUUCCAAGACCUCACCGUACAGCUGGAUCUGCCCCAGGAACGAGUGGAGGCUCUUAUCAUUGAAGCUAUUCAGCUGAAGUUGAUUCGAGCCAGGAUCAACCAGAUGACCGAGAGCCUUGUCGUCAUGAGCUCUGUCCACAGGACAUUCAGCCAACCUCAGUGGCUGCUUCUGUGCGACCGCCUCUCCUCCCUCCAGCAGAGAAUCCACUCCGUCAGGGCCAGUCUCUCCAACAUCAAGACCUAGUAGAGAUCCCUGUACAACUCUCUCCCACUCACAGCACAAUUGGAGAUUUUAGCUAGAAUAUUAUAAUAAUAUCAAUGUUUCUGUCAAUAUUAAUUCUGUCUCUUAACAAGAUGUGAGACUCCUUAACA